UAUGGGUUUGCACAAGUGCUCAGUGAAAUUUCAGUUGAGCGAUGAGUGGUGGAUACGUUUACGUUGAGCCAGUCUGUAGUUUAGUGUCACAGAGGCGGGACGUGUGGUCGCAAUUUACAAAUUGAGACGAAAACUUGUGUAAACAAUGACAACAUCAAAGUUCAGUUUUCCAUGAAAAGUUAAAAUGUUUCAGUGUUAUAUAGUUUAUUCUUAGUAUCGACAAAGUGAACAGUGACGUUUAAAGUGACUUUUGAACUAAUAUCCAAAGAUUGCAGUGUGUUAAUAACUUUAAUUAAACUUAAUUUUCCACUGAAGCCUGUUAAUUGGUUACUAGAAGGGCUGUUCCACACGCAUGACGAAACAUGGAGAGCGUAGGCAACAAUACCACAUCAUAUGACGAUAGUACACUCUAUCCGAGUGAACUCAUCUCACAAAGAGAAUUUAAUGUCGCCAAAGAUAUGCUAACAACCAUCGAGUCAUGGCCUAUAGAGAAAUGCCUCGAAAUAAUAAACAUCACUGAUUCUAGCAAUAUAACGAGACGAGUGCAAACAUACAACGGUACCCAGUUUGUGUGUUUGGAUCACGCGCCCAUUUUGUCCAAAAGUACUAUAAUAAGGGCAAGUGUACUCUCAGCUAUGGCAGUGCUGUCGUUGUUCGGGAAUUUAGCUACAAUAAUAAGUUUAAAAAGAGGCAAACGGAGCAGAGGCCGCGCGCGUCCAUCGUGGACUGCGAUAUAUAGCCUUAUAUUCCAGUUGAGCAUAGCUGACUUACUUGUGACUGUGUUUUGUAUUGCCGGAGAAGCGGCGUGGUCGUUCGCUGUGCAGUGGUCUGCGGGAAAUGUAGCUUGCAAACUGUUCAAGUUCCUACAGAUGUUUGCAUUGUAUCUCAGUACGUUCAUCCUAGUACUGAUUGGUGUGGAUCGGUGGCUCGCCGUGAAAUACCCAAUGAAAAGCAUGGCCACCGCUACAAGAAGCGGCAAAUUGGUCAUCAUAGCUUGGGUGCUGAGUUUAAUAUUGAGCAUUCCGCAGGCGGUGAUUUUUGGCGUAGCACAGGGGCCGUUCGUCGAAGAGUUCCAUCAGUGUGUAACACAUGGGUUUUACACCGAGAGGUGGCAAGAGCAAGCCUACACCACGCUAUCUCUCAUCUUCAUGUUCAUUCUACCCCUUAUUAUAUUAGUAUCUACGUACGUGUCUACAGUAAGGACGAUAGCAAAAAGCGAGAAAGUUUUCCAGCCAGAAGUGAGAAGACAGCCAAAUUAUUUGACACCAGACAUGAACAGAAGAAAGCUCAUCGACAGAGCGAAAAUGAAAUCUCUGAGGAUGUCAGUUGUAAUAGUCGCAGCCUUCAUAGUGUGGUGGACACCGUACUACGUGAUGAUGAUCAUAUUUACGUUCUUGAAUCCCGAUGAAAACUUGAGCGAAGAACUACUCUCCGGAAUCUUUUUCUUCGGAAUGUCAAAUAGUCUAGUCAAUCCAGUCAUUUACGGCGCAUUCCAUUUAUGGCCGAAAAAGAAAGUUUCGAGGCACAGUGAUAGGGAAUCUGGUGGUCAACAAGCUUCACUGAUACGGCGAGGGGACAACACGUCAUCAGUGAGACUAACCACGGUCAGAUCACUGCGCUCUUCGAACAAGUACACCAACGGACAUAACGUCAGUCUUUUAUAACAACAGCGGAACAUGCGUUACCAAAGAACUAUAAACGAGGAUCAAAUCCUCGAGAAAGUGAUAACGGGACAUUCGAAUUGUGUCGUUUGCAUGGAGCUUAAAGCUAAAAUAGAACGUUGCGAGUGUGGGUGUAAGCCUAAGUAAAUGUUAAUAAGCGAUAAGUGUUUUAUAGUAUGUUUAAAAGCUUGUUCGAAUAAAGAGAUUAUAGCCCCAAUGAUUUCUGAAAGCCAUUUGUUAUUUUUAUAUGAU